AUGGUUCCGCCAUUGGGGUUCACUUGGGUUUUCCUAGCAGGAAUGUGGAAUAUGCAAUCUGAUGUGGGCCAUCCCAUGGUCGAGAGUAAUUUUUCUAGUAAAGAACCUCCUGAUCUUGAUAAAAAUCACUCCCCUUAUACCGAUAAAGAUUCACCUGAUAACUUGUAUGAGUCGGAUGACUCAGUCUCUGAUUUCGAACAGAAAUUACAGGUACUAUUGCCGGGUUUGCAAGGAGAUAUAGGGUCAAAUUUAACUGAGCAACCAAAAAGCACCAGAAGGAGUGAAAGGGGGUUAGGGAAACCGGCUAAACGGUUUCUGGUUAAAGACUUUUUAAACCUACAUUUUGCGAAUGUGUGUUGCCUCCAAGAGUCUAAAUUGGAGGAGAUUUCCCUAGCUUCGUGGAGGGAGAUCGGUGGGAGUCGGUUAGAUCAAUUUCUUUGUGUUCCGGCUCGUGGUACGGCGGGUGGUAUCAUUAUUGGUUGGAACAGCGGGAUCUUGACGGGGAAGUUGGUAAAGAAAGGUCUUUUUAGUUUGACGGUGGAUUUUUAUUCUAAACGAGAUAAUCUGCUGUGGCGAUGCACCACUGUCUACGGGCCAAAUGCAAGGACUCUGAAGCAGGACUUUUGGGAUGAGUUACGAUCUUGCUUGGACUCACAGGAGAUUCCUUGGAUCAUCUGUGGGGACUUUAAUGCCAUCUUCGAUUUGGGUGACAAAAGCGGGGGUCCACCUAAUCUAGAGGAUAUUAGGGACGCAAAUGCUUUUUUACACGACCUGCAUUUAUUGGAACCCCCUAUGAAGGGAAGAAGGUUCUCCUGGACUAAUGGGCAAGCGGAGCCAACAUGGGUGAAACUUGAUAGAUUCAUUGUCAAUGGGACAUGUGCAAACUUAUUUCCCAAGAUGAUUCAGAAUAGUCUACCGAGGCUGGGUUCGGAUCAUGUUCCUAUUCGGCUGGAAGUGGGUUAUCAUUGCUCUAAGCCACGACCUUUUAGGUAUGAGCUGGCUUGGUCAACGGUGGAGGGUUUUCAUGAUCUUGUUAAAAUUUGGUGGGAGGAAUGCUCUCCAGAAGGUUGUGGUGCCUUUAUUUUAGCUAAAAGGGUGGCUAGUCUUAGAGAGGGGGAUAACAACACCAGUUUUUUCCAUGCGGUGGCAAAUGGCCGGAGGAACUGUAAUUUCAUUACUAAUAUUAGCGCCAAAGGCGAUUUAUCGACCGAUCCUAAGGAUAUUGGUAGAGUGUUUACUGAACAGUUCAAACAACAAUUUGGGCAUAGACGGAGAUCGAGGUUCAAGAUCGACUUUGGGAAACUCCUUGCGCACAAGAAUACGGUCGAUUUGUCUUUCCUUGAAAGAUCCUUUUCUCUUGAGGAAAUUAAGGAGGUUGUGUUUGAUUUGGGUAGAGAUAAAGCGCCAGGCCCUGAUGGGUUUCCCAUUCAGUUCUUUAGGCAAUUCUGGGAGAUUCUGAAGUAUGACUUGCUGAAGCUAUGUGAGGAUUUCUAUUUUGGGAAAGCAAAUUUAGAACGGAUUAACUGGGUGAAUUUUGCUCUCAUUCCAAAGAUGGAGUCACCGGAGACGCCAGUUGACUUUCGGCCCAUUAGCCUAAUUAACUCCUCGCUUAAAAUCCUGUCCAAAAUUCUGGCUACUCGACUUAGCAAAGUUAUGAAUCGCUUGGUGGAUGUGGAUCAAUUGGCUUUCUUAAAAGGAAGAUUCAUACUUGAUAAUAUUGCCACCGCGGAGGAGCUGAUUUUCAGUCUACAUAAGCGCAGAAUCCCUAGCCACAUCUUAAAAGUGGACUUUGCUAAGGAUUUCGAUCUCGUAGAUUGGGAUUUUCUCUUUGAUCUUUUGAUUACCAGGGGGUUCGGGGAUAGAUGGGUUGGUUGGAUAAAGUGCAUCCUUGCCUCAUCAAAGGCCUCAAUCCUGGUAAAUGGUUCUCCAAAUGGUUACAUCCGUUAA